AUGGUUAACAAGGCAGUUCGAGUAACAAAGGCCCAGGGUGCAGUCGUCGAGACGCAGGCGGCUCCUUUCUCUGAUUCCGAUCUGGCGGCCAACGAGGUGCUCAUCAAAAACGUGGCUGUGGCAUCGAAUCCCAAGGAUUGGAAGCUGGCAGCUCUAGGCAUGUUUGAAGGUAUCGAGGGCAACGAUGUCGCUGGCCAUAUCGAAGCGGUCGGCUCGAAGGUCAAGGACCUGCAAAAGGGUGACAAGGUCAUCGCCUUCACCUACAUCGCCAAAGCAGACAAGUACGGUGCCUACCAGCCGUUCACCGUUGCACCCGCCUGGACCACCGCCAAGCUCGCCGACCACGUCUCGUUCGAAGACGGUGUCACACUGCCUCUUGCCAUUACCACUGCCUUCGUUGGGCUUUUCGACAAGCUAGGCCUCCCGGAACCCUCAGCGAAUGGCAAGCCCGCUUCGGGUGCUGACGAGAUUCAGCUUCUCGUGUGGGGGGCUAGCUCUUCUGUCGGAGCCUUUGUAGUGCAGCUCGCAAAAAUCGCCGGUUUCAAGCUUGUCGCCAUAGCAGGUGCAGCCAAGGACGAGGUGCAGUCUCUAGGUAUCGGCGGGGACAAGAUCGUCGACUACCGCGCCGACCGCGCCCAAGUCGUCGCCAAUCUCAACAAGGCGGCUGGCGGCGUGCCCUUCACCCACAUAUACGACGCCAUCUCUACCGAGGAAACCUUCGAAACGAUCGUCGAUCUACUCUCCACCUCACCAAACAAGGGCGGUAAGGUGACCACACUCUGGAAAAGCCCCUACAACGACGGAGAGGCGAGCGAGAAGCUGGAAAAGGAAAAAGCGAUCAGCUUCAACUGGACUGCUUGUAGCAGCGUUCACGCCGACAAGAAGGAAUUUGGAGAACGAUGGUUGAGGCUGGUUGCGGAGUGGUUGGGUCAGGGCAAGAUCCAGCCUAACAAGGCGCAGAUCGUGGAAGGUGGUCUAGACGGCAUUCCGGCGGCGUUGAGGCUGUUGGAGGAGAACAAGAUUAGCUUUCGCAAGCUUGUUGCUCGUAUCGCCGAUACCAAAGCUUGA